CUGCACCGUGCCGCACGACCAUCGCGCCGCCCGCCAACCCACUCCGCGCCUGCCAGCGUGCAUCGAUCCGCUCAGGCCGCUCCUCACCUCCUCUCGCUACUCCCGCAGGCAGCCGCCGCGCGCCUCAGCUUCGCUCGCCCCCACGCGUUGCCCAAGCAUCUGCCGCUGCCUACCCAGCAGGCCCUGCUGCCGGCCAAGCCCCGCUCACAUCGCUCAGGCCGUAACAGAGCAGCAUCGCCACCACAUCGUCGGCCGCUCGCGCGCAGGCCCCGACGGCUGCUGCUGCGCACGCGCUAGCACGCCGGCGCGCUCAACGCCGCCAGCAAUCGCUUGCUCCUGCCGCCGACCGCGCAAAGCAGCAGCGCCCACCAACCUCCGCGCGCCCCUGCCUUGAUUCCACUCACGCGCUACUCCCCAGCUGAAUCUGCUCAGCUUUCGCGCAAAGUUUCCUCAACAAAUUUCCCUGCUCAACCCGCAGCAUCGCUGCUCUCGCGCGCUCGCCAGGCCAGCUCCCGCUCCGGUCAACCGGACCCAAACCGGGCGCCAACCGGGCGGCACGCCGGGAAAAUCAGCUCGGACCGGAGCAAAACCGGGCGGAAACCGGACGGUCCGGUCCAGGACCCGGUCCAACCGGACCCAUGACCGGAUUUUCCAGUUUUGACCCAAAUUUCGGCCAAUUUUGACUCCACUUUUUGCCCCAAAUUUUGACAACUUUCCGGAGCCCGUUUGACUCCAAAUUUUAACAGCAUCCCCCAAAUACUCCACAUAGCCCAUCUCUAAUUUUCCGUGAUUUUUGGAACAUAUUUUUUGACCGCUCGUUUCGACCCAACUUUUCGGGUAUUGACUUAAUUUGCUCGGUUUCCGAUUUGGAGUGCAUCGGUUGUCUAUUCCGCUUCCGCGCCUACAUCAACACCGCGACGACACCGUUGGCACCCCGGAUUCCGGCGCAACGUCGCCACCAUCAUCGACACCACUUCAUCAUCGCAAGUUCGUGUGCUUGACACCGCCUAACGUCAAUAGGUAUAACUUGCACCCCUUACCCCUUGUAGCCCCGUUUCUUUCUUUGUGUACCUAUCCCAUUGAGAGUGGCUUUCCGAGCGUUGCGAAGCAUUGCACAAGUGUCACGACCGUGAGAGGGUGUGUGUGCGUUGUGUUGAGCAAAGCUCCGAAGCAAGCUCGGUGAGAAAGAUACACAAAAGAAGAAAAAGUGUGACAUAUACAUAGAGAAAAAGAAAGCUUCUAAGCAUAGAAAAAAAAAAGUGAAAAAAAAAAGAAAAAAAAAUAAAUAGAAAACAGUGUGUGUCCACCGAUAUCGAGAAGUGCAAAGCUUGUGAGCACUAAGAGAGAAAAGAGAAGAGUGGCAUUUGUGCAAAUCUUGUUGCUUCUUUCUUGUGCAACCAAGCUACGGUCUCUCUUGUGUUGGCGUGACACCGAGCAUAUAGUCUUCGUUAGGACCAUCUUUGUCACUUGCUCACUUCCUUGGUCGCGCUAACCCCAUUGUUCUCCUUUGUGUGUGUUUCCGUGUUUCCUUGACAUAGAUCACCACUCUUGACAUUUGACUUUGGAUCUUACCCACAUUUGACAAUAGACUUUUCCGUUGAUCUUUUUCGUUUGCUAUCCACCCUUACCCACCACAUAUAGAGUUAUUAGCCUUUUGCGUGUGCUUUGAGUGUGUGUGUGAGUAACCCCGAUACAUUUCGACUUUGCUCUUGACUUGAACCAUUUUUCCGAUACUUUCUUGAAAGGUGGGAUACUUGUGUAGCUUUCCUUCCACCACAUACACAUACACCUAUCCUAGUGAGCCAUAUACAUGAUGACCCCACAAGAGCAAGCCGAGAUGAGAGCAUACUUCGCCGAGCUAGAUGCUCGAGAAGCCCAAAUGACACCCAAAGAUAAAGCCGAGUGCAAUGCAUACUUCAAACACCUUGAGAGCAAGAGUGAUACACACCAUGAGUCGUGUGAGGAUGUUUCGAUUUCUAACAAAUUAACCUCUACUCCGCUUGUGUUGUCUUCCUCUUUGCUAGGUUGCUCGGACAUCGACGACGCCAUUGCCAUGGAGAUGAGGGACUCCACUAUAUGUGAGAUGAGCGACUCCACUAUAUGUGAGAUGAGUGACUCCACUAUAUGUGAGCUUGAUGAGUGCCUCCACUUCGAGAGCAUGAGUGAUACACCGAGUGAGAUGAGAGUGGUAGUUGAUAGGUCAUGUGAGGCCAUUUCGAAUUCUAACAACUUACCCUCUACCUCUAGUGUGUUUCCUUGUGUCUUAUUAGGUCCCAUGGAUGACGAGACGACGAUCAUGGAAAAGAUGUACAUGGUGCAUGAAGAUGAUGAUAUCACACCAUGCUUGAUUGAAGAUGAACAUGGAGGCCACAUCGAGCCUACCACUUCCACAACACCUACCUCAUAUGAGCGGGACUACAAAGGUACAUAUAUGGGUGUUGAUGAUGCCAUGAUCCCACUAGUGGACAUGAUGAUUUGUGAGUGCUUGCAUGAGUUGGAUGAUCCUAUUGCUAUGUCAUAUGCUUCUUUCACUUUCCCUUGUGAUACUUGUGCCAUUGUUGAUCAUGUGGAAGUAGUUGCUUGUGACACUUUGACCAUGCCAUGCUAUGAGUGUUUCGAUUUCUAUCCUAUUGCUUGCAAUAUGUCGAACAAUUUCUCUUUCCCAUGUAUUGCUUGCAAUGUUGAUAAUGAUGCUUGUGUUGUGACAACCUUGCCGAACAAUUGCUCUUUUCCUAGGUUUGUCGACAACAAUGAUCAAAUGUUGAACAUGUUUUGUGCUACAUGCUUGCAAUAUUCUCCCAUUAAUGCAACCAAAAUGAUGAACAAUUUCUCUUUCCAAUGCUUGGCUUGCAAUAGUGUUAAUAUGCUUGUAAAUGAGAUUGCCCCCAUAGCUCUCUCAAAUUUUGGAGAUUUUGCAUAUAUCCAUGUUGAUCAUGUUCCCAUGUUUACUCCGCAUAUUCACCAUAUCUAUUAUGAUGCUUGGCUUAACGCUAAUGGUGAUGUGCAAAAGAGAUGGACCAUCAUGAUGGAUGAUGUGUUCAUAUACCAUGCACACACGUUGUUCUUGUUGUCUAACAUGUGUGUAGGUACCCAAAAUCCAAUGUCAACCUCGAUUGAGCACGAGUUGACAAAAAGAGCUCUUGAGAGCAUGAUACAAGUGAGCUCCAAUGAGUGGUUUUGCCCGCACACUUCAACUACACAAGAUCUCUCAAUGAGAGCACACCGACACUUUGAUAAGGGCUCUUGACAAGUGAAGGGACAUUCAAGCGUUGGUGUCAUCUACCUCCUCUACACGUUCAUGAAGACUCAUCGUCGAGGACGACUCUUUUCCAAGUGGGGGGAGAUGAUGUAGCCCGACCUACGGUCUUCGCUUCAUCAUGUGCUUCAACGACAAGAACCACACUCAAGGCCGAGGUCACGGAGGCAUGGAAGAGAAGAAGGAAGAAGAGCGCCCGAGGUCGCCAAGAAGAGACGGCGCAUGAAGCACGACUGCUCGGAUUAUCCGCCCCACUAAGGCCGGACAAUCCGCCCCCCUAUGUGUCCAAGUCAAUUCGGGCCAAGUCCCAUGUACCCCCCUUGUAUGCCUAAACUACCCCUCCUUAGUGGCUCCCUAUAUAUAGGCUCCCACCUCCCCCUUCAUUAGGUUAGGAAUGAACUUGAGAGAAUUAGGCUCAUGCCUCCACCAUCCCUUUGGGAUUAGGGUAACCCCCUCCUUAGAUUAUCCAAAUCUAUUGUACAAGGCACUCCUUAUAUGAUUAGUCUCUCACACUUGUGAUUCUACCACCGGUC